ACCCACACAUCUUUGUGGUUGGAUAAUACAGUAAUUAGGAAUGUAUCAGUUUACAGGUGAAACCCGCUCAGGUACAUUUUCUACAACUAUUAAUAGCUUGAAUGUAGUGAAAAUGUGUAUUUGAUCCUUUAUUGUAAUUUACAGGCAGAUGCUGUGGGUCGCAUGUAGACAACAUUUUGAAAAAUGGAAACUACAAUGAGCAUAUUGAGGCCAUGAAGAGCCUACAAGAGGUUCUAGAGGAAGAAGAAAUAAAUGGAACUAAUUCAUCAAUGAGUUUUGACAAUGUUGUUGCUCUCCAGUAUAAACCCAAUAAUACCUUCGAAGGCCUCAACAUUUAUGCCAGUAAUAAAAGGGAAAUAUCAUACAACCCUCCUCUCAGCAGCACAGUGAGUGUUCACCUGCCGAGUGAACUGAAACCUGAACUGGGCAAAAAGAUUGUGUUCCUCAUGAUUAAGUGGCCUGAAACAAACCAGAAUAUUUUAGGAUCCCCAUAUGAUGUGUAUGAUCGAGCACUGGUUGGCCUGAGUGUGCAGGGCAGGAAGAUAUCAGGACUAAAGGAGAGUGUCAACAUCACCAUCAACCUUACCAAGGAAAUAAAUGAAACCCAAAAGCCCUCAUGCCACUUCUUUAACUUCUCCACACACAAUUUUAGUGAGGAUGGCUGCAUCACCCUAUGGAAACGUAAGGAGAAUCAUCUCACCUGUUCCUGUGACCACCUCACAUACUUUGGAGUGCUCAUGGUGGCUGCUUCGCCAUCACCUAAAGACCAGGAGAUUUUAACAUACAUCACUCUGAUUGGCUGCAGUCUCUCUCUUUUUACCCUGGUCAUCACUGUUUUGCUCUUCAUCACAAAUAGAAAAGUAAGAGAAGAUGUUUCUAUGAGGGUCCACAUCAACCUUGUGAUUGCACUGAUCCUCCUCAACCUGCAUUUCCUGCUAAGUUCCACCAUAGCAGCAGUGUCCUCCGCUGGGCUCUGUUUAUACAUGGCUCUUGCCCUUCACUACUCUCUGCUGGCCACUUUUACCUGGAUGACCUUAGAGGGAUUCCACCUCUACCUUCUCUUAGUCAAAGUCUUCAACAUCUACAUCAAGAGAUAUCUGCUCAAACUCAGCGUGGUGGGAUGGGGUGUUCCUGCAGUCAUUGUGUCAGUGGUGGUGAUCAUAGACAGAGGCUUUUAUGGCCAUGUCCCUUUGGACACGUCUAACUCCAACAACACUGCAAUAUGCUAUAUAACCAAUAACACUGUAAAGAUGGGGACUACAUUGGGACCGUUCAGCUUGGUGUUCCUCUUUAAUAUGUUCAUGUUAGGAGCGACAAUCAGACGUGUUUGGAUUCUACGCAAAAGCACAGAGUUUGGGCAGAGCAACCGUGACAGAGCAAAGAAAAACAUUUGUACCCUGCUGGGAGUCAUGACUCUGCUCGGCAUUACCUGGGGCCUGGUCUUCUUCUCUUUUGGCUACCUCACCACUGUUGGCCUCUACCUCUUCUGCAUCCUGAACUCAUUUCAAGGUUUCUUCAUCUUCCUGUGGUUUAUGAUGUCACUGAGAAAGGCUAAAACCUCAGUUACUAAAACAAGCAGUGAAACACGUAGCACAAGCACCUAGCUUACACACAACUACCAAUACCCCAAGAAUUUCCUAUUUGUGUGCUGUUGGAAUGUGUAAUGUAAUAUGAACCUAGAAACGUUAAUUUUUUCUCAAGGUCACGUAUACAUGACCAUUGUAUCUGAUAAUAAGUGUGAACAUUUUAACAGCUCCACUUCAGUUUGAAGCUUUCUUGUUAUUACAAUAGAAUCUUUGUGGGAAAGAGUUUCUUUCCACCAGAAUUGUGGUCCACCAGACCAAAAUACAUCAAGUGUCUCUUGUGCACUCACUUUCAGAUAUAAGAGGUAUAAAAUGUACCCUUUUAAGUUUUUUUUUCUUUUUUUUUACAUUUCAACUUUCUGCGUAUAACAGCCGAGAUACUGGUUUUAAAUUAAACUCGCCUGCUAUUAGUUUAGUGUUUUAAGAAGCUGUUAUGUUGAUUGCAUGAACAAUGCUUUAUUAUAAUUUGACUGCUUUGAAGUUUAUUUCUUAUUAAAACACACUGUGAA